AUGUCUUCUGACGAAAGUGAUGAAGAUUUUGUAGAGAAGAAGAGUGAAUCUGGUUCAGGAUCUGACGAAGAACCGACACCAAAGAAAGAUCGAAAAAGACGCAUUGAAUCAUCAGGCUCGGAAAAGGAUUCUGAAGAGGAAGAACAGGAUUCUGAGGAAGAUUCGGAAGAAGAAGAGGAAAUUCGACGAAGUAGCAAGAAAAACAAGCAAAAGAAGAAGAAGAGAAGAAAGGGGCCAUCAGCUCUCGAUUUCAUCAUUCAAGAUGUUGAUGUGGAUGAUGACGAAGAAGAAGAUCAAGAUUACGAUGAUGACGAUGCUCGAGAUCUUGAACCAAAUGAAAAAGAAGAAGCUGAAAGAGCAAUGAAAGAAAUGGAAAAUAACAAAGCAUAUCGGGAAAGGAAUAGGUUUGCGAAUAUGACUGAAGAAGAAGUUGGAGAAUAUUUUGAGAAUAAAUAUAAAUCGCAAAGAAAUGAGGGAAUUAUUGAUGAUGAUGAUUCAGCAAUUGAUGAUAUUUCGAGGUAAGCUAAACCCUUAUUAUAUAAAAUUCAAUGAAUUAAUGUUUUAGAAAUGGUAUACUUCCAUCGACAAAAGAUCCAAAUUUAUGGAUUGUGAAAUGUCGAAUGGGAGAAGAGAAACUUGUCGCAUUCCAAUUGAUGAGAAAAUGUCUUGCAUAUGAAAAUACCAAUGAACCGCUCCAAAUCAAAAGUGUUGUUGUUAAAGAAGGACUUAAAGGAAUGAUUUAUGUUGAAUCAUUUAAACAAUCACAUGUUAUGUCAGCUAUUGAAGGAGUUUCGGCUUUGAAUCAAUUCACAAUUACGGUAAGCGAUGGAAAUAUUUUCUAAACUAUAAAAUAAUCAAUAUUUUCAGAUGGUUCCAAUCAAAGAUAUGGUGGAUGUUCUUCGUGUUGUCAAAGAUAUUCCACAACUCAAAAUGGGUGCAUUUGUUCGAUUAAAAAGAACACUUUUCAAAGAUGAUUUGGCACAAAUUGAUUUGGUUGAUAUUUCACAAAAUCGAGUUAAUUUGAAAUUGGUUCCAAGAAUUGAUUAUCAGAAAAAACGCGGUGCGAUGCGAACGGAAGCCGAUAAAAAUUAUAAAAUGAAAAGAAGGCCGAUGCAGAAAAUGUUUGAUGCGGAUGCGGUUAAGUAAGUGGACAGUUUUGGGCGGUUUUUGGGGGAGAUUUGAAAUUUUGGGUCAAAAAUGUAAAAAUUAGGUCUUUUUUCAUAGCGACCUCAAAAAUUUCUGAAUCAAUUGUGUAAAAUUCAAUAUUUUUUGAAAUUUCUCAAUUCUGGCGCUAGAUUGAAAUAUCAGUUUUCAGUAUUUCCAUGAGUUUCAGGACGAAUUUUCAGCCCAGACACAAUUUGAACAAUAUUUCAGUUUAAAUUUUUGAAUUUUUGAUGAAAAAUUAUGAUGAAAACUCACUGUUUCAAAAGUUUUUCCCACAAAAAAUUCUUGAAAUAUCUGAAAAAUCCUCUAACUUUAUCGAUUUUCAGAAAUUCUCCUAAAAUCCCCUCAUUUUUUUCAGAGAAAUUGGUGGCGAAAUCCUCAACGACGGAGAUUUCAGCAUUUUCGAAGGAAAUCAAUAUCGACACGGUUUCUUAUACAAAUAUUUCCCAAUCAAUGCAAUUGUAAGCUUUCUCUGAAAUUCUGCUGAAUAUUUCAUUCAUUUUCAGCUCGCCGAUGGUGUAAAACCGACUCUGGCAGAACUCGAAAAAUUCCAAGAUGCUAAACAUGAUUUGAAAGAGCAACGUAAGUCAUCUACAGUACCCAUUUUUCUCUAAAAAAUAUAUUUAAAAAAAUUUCCAGUCGAGACCACAACGAUCAAAGAUACUGAAAAUCCAUUCAUUCCUGGUGAUGUUGUUCAAGUCAAAAAUGGUGAAUUGGUGAAUUUGCGAGGAAAAGUAUUGUCGGUGGAAGGACAUAAAGUGGUUAUGAUGCCGGAUCAAGAAGGACUUACUGUAAGUUCGGGAGAUUUUUGGGGAGCAAACACACGUGGGAAAUUAUGAUUUUCAUGAAAUUCUGGGCAGAAAACAUAUUUUUCCUGGAAAUUAUUUAAAAAUGGGAAAUUUCUCGAAAAUCUGAAUAUUUGACCUGAAAUUCAGGUGAUUUUUCAGAAAAAUUAUUUUUAUGACUUCACCUACUUAUUUUAUUUCAAAAUUAAUUUCCCAACGUGACCCUAUUUUAGUCUCAUUAUUAUUUCCAUCAAUAAUUCAUCAUUUUUAAUUUCAAAACAACAUUCAAACAAUGACUUUUGGUCAAAUUUUUAGUUUUGGAGGUUAAAAGUGUUUCUAACCGCGGUGACUUGAGAAAUGGGAUCUCUAGGCGCGGCUUCUUGGCAUAGAAGCUCUCAAGGCUCGGCUCCUUGACAAUUAGGUUCUCUAGGCGCAUCUACUUGAGACUCAAGCUCUUACUUCCAAUAUCCAUUGUUCUUUUUCAGGAACCCAUCACAUUAAACGCCUCAGAACUCCGCAAAUUCUUCAAAGCCGGAGAUCACACGAAAGUAAUUGGUGGAAGAUAUGAAGGACAUACUGGUUUGAUUGUUCGAGUCGCUGAUAGUACAGCUAUUAUGUUGUCGGAUUUGGGAAUGGAAGAGGUUAGUGAAGUUUGGGGGGAAAUAGGGGAAAUUCAUGAAAAACUGGUUUUCGAGCUUAAAAAUGAAGUUUUUCAUGCGAAAAUCAGGUUUCUCAGGUUAAAAUCUGGAAAUUCACAUAUAAAAUGACGUUUUUCCUCUCAACCACCGAUUUUUCCAGCUAAAAGUUCGUGUUCGAGACUUGCAACUUUGUGCAGAUGUUACAACUGGAGUUGAUUCUCUCGGCCAAUAUCAAUAUCAUGAUUUGGUUCAAAUAGAUCAACACGGAACUGUUGCUGUUAUAAUUCGAUUGGAAAAAGAGAAUUUGGAAGUUUUGACAGCAACUGGAAGUGUUCAAAGAAUUAAACCACAAUCGAUUGUUUCGAAAAAAGAUGUGCGAUUUUCGAGAGCAUUGGAUAGUCAGAAUAAUUCGUUGGAAGCUAAGGAUUUGGUCAAAAUUGUUAGUGGACCAAAUGCGGUGAGUUUUUGGAAAAAUCUUGAGAUCUAUGCUAAAUUCCGAACCAAAAAUCAAUCACUCUUCCAAAUUUUCAGCGCGAUCGUGAAACCGACGACGAGCCAAUCGGUGAAGUUCUCUACGUUUUCCGUGGAGCAGUCUUUGUCUAUUGCCGAAAAAUCACUCAAAACGGCGGUGUUUUAGUAUGCCGUGCCAAACAUUUGGCCCUCCAAGGAGCCAAAAAACAAGAUCAAGCGAAUCAAAUUCAUCGAAUGUCAUCGCCAAAUCCAAUGGCUUCACCGCGACAUUCAGGAAGUAUGACACCACGAAGUCAAGCUGAUAAUAUGUCAAGUGGAUCGAGAAGUGUUGGUGGACAAACACCAAGACAAAAUGAAAAUGGACAUGGAGAAGGUGGAGGAAGAGGCAAUUUUGGAACUGCUGCACAACAAAGAAUUCGAAGAGAUAUGACAUUGAUUGGAAAAAAUGUUAGGGUUAUUAAAGGUGAGCGUUUUUGGCUCAAAAAUUGGGAUUUUUGAGCCAAAAAUUAUGAAAAUUCACAAGUUUUAGAGCAUUUUAAGCUGAAAAUCGAUUUUCUGAGGAUUUUUGUCUCAGUUUUAAAUUCUAAUUUUGGGGCCAAAAAUUUUGCUGUUUAUAGAACAUUUUAAGCUGAAAAUCAGAAGCUGGAAUUUUUGUGUUCAUUCUCAAAAAUCCUCAAACCCUCUUGUUUUCCAGGACCACUCAAAGGAUAUUUCGGAAUUGUUCGAGAUGCGACUGAAGAAACUGUUCGAGUCGAACUUCACACUCAAUGCAAAACUAUUUCGGUUGAUCGAGCUCGUGUUAAAGGUUGGUCUGUUUUUGAGAAAUUGUAGAGUUUUUAUUCAAAGUACACUUGAAACAUGCUCAAAAAUUUAUAUUUUCCACCCAAAACCAUUGAUUUUUGCAGUUGUUGGAGAUACUGGCGUCACAACUGGAUACGGUGGAAAUACGGGAUUCUACAGCUCAAAAACGCCAAUGCACGACUCAUCAAAAACUCCAAUGUAUUCUGGCUCAAAGACGCCGAUGUAUGGAGCACAAACACCAAUGUAUGGAUCGAUGACACCAGCAUAUGGAGAUGGAUCGAGAACACCUGCUUAUGGUGCAAAAACACCCAGUUAUGGACAAGAUGGUGAGCAGUUUUGUGGAUUUUUGUUAUUUUUUCGAAAAAAUAGAAGAAAAUCGCUGAAAAUGUACCUAGUUUGGUCAAAAAUUAUCUGAAAAUGCUGUAAUUCGCCGAUUUUCGAUAAAACAUGAGCAAUGCUUCAUUUUUUCAAGGAAUUCUUGAAUUUUUGAGCUAAAAACAAAAUUUAAAAAAAAAAAUUAAUUAGUGAAUUCAAAUCUAGAGAAAAAUUUGAAUUUCAAGAAUUUUGAGGGAAAUUUCGGUUGUUACAAAAAUUCUAGAAUUUUCAGAAUUCGAGAAAUUCUGGUAUUUUUGAACUCAAAUUUAGUAAAUCUGGAAAAAGUUAGAGAAAAAUAUCUGAAACACAAAAUUUGAAUGAUUAUAAAAAUUCCAGAAUUUUCAGAAUCCAAAAAAAUCCUGGUAUUUUUGAACUAAAAUUAAAAAUCUUCAAAUUUAACCAGGACCGAAUUUUAUACGUUUAAAAACUGCAUUUUCCCCAGAAGUUCUAAAUUUAUCCCAAAAACGAAUAUUUGUUGCAGGUUCGCGAACCCCGGCCUACGAUGGUGGUCGAACUCCGGCUUAUGGAGAUUUGGAUGGCUCAAGAACUCCAGCCUAUGAUUCAUCCAGUCGCACCCCGGCCUACGAAACAAAUUCAUCAGCCAGAACUCCAGCUUAUGACGGUGGACGAACACCCGCAUAUGAAUCGAAUUCGGCCAGAACUCCAGCUUACGAAUCGAAUUCAUCGGCUCGAACACCUGCUUAUGAUGGUGGAAGAACUCCGGCAUAUGAAUCGGCUGGAAGUAGAACACCUGCGUAUGAAGCGAGAACACCGGCUUAUGAUGGACCUGGAAAUGGAAGAACACCGGCUUAUGAAGGAGGUGGGGAAAGUCCGAAAUAUGAUCGAGAUGAUGAUGAGGAGGAGGAAGAACAUCACCAAGAACAUCGAGAAGAAGAUCGUGAAGAAGAUCAAGAAGAGGAAAUGGAUACACCACAUUCACCAAUUUAUGAUUCACCAUCUUCACCAUCUUAUAUUGUUCCGACACCCGGUGCAAUGCUUAAUCCAGCCACGCCUGGCGGUUAUUCCGUAGACACCCCACAAAAUUUCGCCGCACCAAUGACACCUGGAAGUGGUGGAAGUUAUGGUGAUUAUGUUGCGCCGUCGCCGUUUCCUGGUGGAUUGUCGACGAAUGCGUAUGAUUCGAGUAGUUAUGGUGGUGGAAUGGCUGAGGAGACGAUACGUGAGUUUUUGACCGGGGGUUUUUUGGCUCCACAGAAUUAUCUACAGUAAAAAAAGAUGCAUUUUGACUCCGAAUUUACUAUAUUUUGGUUCCAAAAUUUGAUCUACAGUAACCCAGAUUUUAGAGCGGAAAAAUGCAGAAUAAAAUUCAAAUGUUAUUUUUUGAUACCAAAAAAUCGAACUACAGUAACCCGAAUUUCGGAGCUAAAAAAUUUCAAAAAAAAAACAUAUUUGGUGCAAAAUGCCACGUGUCGACAAAAAUUCACAAAUUUUACUCUUAUUUUUUUUAGCCGAUCACUUUUUGGCGCAAGGAAUUUGGAUUAUCAAAAAAUUGUACGUUACAAUCAAAGAUCACGAUUCAAAAUAUAAUGAUAGAGAAGCGGUUGUUAGAGAAGUUUAUGUAAGUUCCCCCAGUUUUCAAUUCAAAAUUCGCAAAAUUGUGUUUCAGGAAGGAAAAGCUGAUUUAUAUGUUCCGGAUUUGAAAUGUAAUAUUGAAGCGGAAUUCGAACAAAUUCAACCGAUGAAACCGCAACAAGGAGAUGAUGUAAGUUGAAAUUUGGGGAAUUUUUUAGCCUAAAAAUGCUCACAAAACUUCAAACUGUUUUUCCAGACCCGUGUGAUUUUUGGAACCGAAGCCGGUCACAGUGGAACUCUUGUCUCAAUGGACGGAAAUGAAGCUGUAAUUCGAUCAAAAGAAGAUUUAUCCGAUAUGAGAGUUGUUAAUAUUGGAUUGUGUUGCAAAUUGGCCCAAUAA